GCAUUACCCCACCCUCUGUUUCAAACUCUUAUUCAGCAGUUACAGUGUAUUCAAGACAGUGUUUCUUACCUGUCGGUUGUGAUACAUUUAAAUCUGUCUCAGCAACAUCAAAAGGAAAGACAUCAAGAUGCUGGCAACCCUUGAAAGUAUUCAGUAUUUUCAAGAACUUGGACCCAGGGAAGCGUCAUCAGGGAUUGUGGAUCUUGAUGUGAUUGAGGAGUACCUGCUGGAGCACUCAGUGGAGGUGAUGUCAGGACCAUGUGUCCAAAGCAGAACUGAACAGGAGCACAGCAUAGCAGAGAACAGUUGGUCCGGUCGCUAUGCAUAUGAAUGGCAUUAUGGUGGAGUACCAGCGACAGAGAACACACAUGAACAGACCCAGCAGCAUCAAUCGUGGCCCUGUCAGUCUAGUCUCAAUGAGUGGGGACACUGCCAGUAUGACAGAAACCAUUGCAGUGAUUCAGAUUCCCUGUCUACCAGCUCUGGCUGUCAAGAAUUCCCACCGUCUCCGAGUGCAGACGGGAAGAGACAGAUUGUGUGUGAUUCUUUGGCUUAUACGCCACUCUCGGGUAAAAGGAAAGAACGGCUGUUUCAGUUCCUAUAUGAGAUGCUACAGACACCAGAUAUGCGGAGCUGCAUUUGGUGGGUCCAAUCUAACAACGGAACGUUCCAGUUCUCCUCCCAAAACAAGGAAAAGCUGGCAGAGAUGUGGGGCCGACGCAAGGGCAACCGGAAGACAAUGACGUACCAGAAAAUGGCGCGAGCCCUCAGAAACUACUCCAGAACAGGAGAGAUUUGCAAAGUCAAGCGUAAACUCACCUAUCAGUUCACUGAGAAAACACUGAGGGGACUUCAGAACAGUUCUCAAAGGUUCAUGGGUAGUUAAUCUGGCAUCCAUACAUUGAAUCAAUUUCUCCUAACUGGGAAAAUCUAAACAAAUACUGAGUAUUUCAUAGACUAUAGAGGAUGGUGUUGCCUCUGUUACGUUCAUGUUCUUAAUGCAAUCUGGGCAUAUGAAGUGAUUAUCAAAUAUUAUUUGGUAAUUGAGGCUUAAUUGAGAUGGGAAAAGGUUUGAUUGUGAAUAACAGGGAUUCCUAAGCAGAUCGUGUUUAAAUGACAGGUGAAGAAAUUGAUUUUUCAAAUAUGUGAAUCUAAGGAUUGUUGACCUUUACUACGUUGUAUGUAGUUAAACUGCUUUUGUGUUUUGAUAUUUUUGUGCUAAUAUUGACUUUUCAAUCAAAUUGAA